AUUCAGAUGCUCUUUUUAGUAAACGCCGACUGUUCAGACUAUGCAAUGGGUGUACUUGUAUAUCUAUAAAUAUUUGAAGUGAAUUCAUAAAUCUUUAACAAAUACUGUUAAUAAGUUUAUCAUGGCAAACAUUUCUUCUUCUCGUUUGUCGACUCUCGGUUUGUUUUUGCUGGUUUUAGUUGGGUUCAAUUCUCAACAAGGAGAGGGUUCGGUCACCAAGGCCUUUCAAUGUGUAGCCGGUUAUCAAUGCACCGAGAAAACUCUUCUUGGUGAUGAUGUGGCCCCUGAUUUCCAGGGAUGCGGCUUGGGCUUCUGGAAUCAGAUCGGCUGCAACGGUGAUCCGAUCCCCAAUUUUGGGUGUGUAGAUUACUGCGCAGAAACAUAUGGCGCCGACAACGUUGUUGAUGUGGACAUCUGCAGUAACUAUAUGAAUGGUAGUGGUCUUAAUUGGUGCUUCUGCUGCGGUGCUUGACUGGAAUUAUAACAGAGGAAUAAGAACAAACUACUUCUAUCGAUCUACUGUGUGAUAUUUGAUGCUUUUGUGUUUCUUUAUUUGCUUCCGUUUCUUUUCUUUUCCUGUGUUUGUGGUUUGCUUAAUUAUUAGUAGUUGUAAUUGUUGUCAUUUCAUGAUCAUUAGUACUACUAUGUGAAAAAUCUUAUGCUUACUUUCUCAACAUGAAUAAAUAAAUGUUACAAGUUGGAGUA